AUGAACUUCGGCUUCACCCAGGAGCAGGUGGCCUGCGUGUGCGAGGUCCUGCAGCAAGGGGGAAACCUGGAGCGGCUGGGGCGCUUCCUGUGGUCGCUGCCGGCCUGCGACCACCUGCACCAGAACGAGAGCGUGCUGAAGGCCAAGGCAGCAGUGGCCUUCCACCGGGGCAACUUCCGCGAGCUCUACAAGAUCCUGGAGAGCCACCCGUUCUCGCCGCGCCACCACCCCCGGCUGCAGCAGCUGUGGCUCAAGGCCCACUACGCCGAGGCGGAGAAGCUGCGUGGCAGGCCGCUGGGGGCGGUGGGGAAGUACCGCGUCCGGCGCAAGUUCCCCCUGCCGCGGACCAUCUGGGACGGGGAGGAGACCAGCUACUGCUUCAAGGAGAAAUCCCGGAGUGUGUUACGGGAAUGGUACAUCCACAACCCUUACCCAUCCCCUCGUGAGAAGAGAGAACUGGUCGAAGCCACUGGUUUGACCACCACUCAGGUCAGCAACUGGUUCAAGAACCGACGCCAGAGGGACCGCGCCUCAGAGACCAAAGAGAGGGAGAACGGCGAGGGUGGCACUGUGAAGGAAGGAAGGGUCCUGCCUCGGGAGAGACACGUUAUUCCAAGCUCAGAUGAUGAGAGCUCUCCCCUCGACAGCCCUGCGGCGCACACAUCCAGCCCUUCGCUGCUGUACUCUGGCUUGCCUCUCUCUGCUCAGCCAGGAAACUCUGCUCACCCAGCUCAAAGGAUGGAUUUCCUGCAACACCAACCACUCCACAACAGCCUCUUAGGGCCCCUGACUUCUUCUCUGGUGGAUCUGGGGUCCUGA